GGUACUUUUUAACCCUUUUAAACGAGGGGCAGAAUGACUCUUGAAGCUGAUCGAUCAAGAAUUUGAAGUCUACCUAAACUAAACUUAACACAGGCCCACAGUUGCAUUAUCGAAAUCAUCGCCGCGAGGAUCAAGUAGUUGAAACCAUGGCGGACCUAGCAGAAAGCACUGCUAAGCUGCAGCUCGACGAGGAGACGGGGGAGAUGAUCUCCAAGGCAGAAUUGAAGAAACGAUUAAAAAAGCGCGAAAAGGCAAAGGCCAAGGAAGCCGCAAGAAGCGAGGUGAAGAGCGAGGAGAAAGUUAAGCCAGCACCGAAGCCCAAAGCUACCGCAGAAGAACCAGCAAUCGAUCCCAAUAAUAUGUUCAAGACCGGGUUUCUUGACGAGGUCUUUAAGAUUAGACCUAUGAAACCUGUUUUCACCCGUUUCCCUCCCGAGCCGAACGGGUUUCUCCAUAUAGGACACGCAAAGGCCAUCGCAGUGAACUUUGGCUUUGCUAGAUACCACGGAGGCGAGUGUUAUCUUCGUUACGACGACACCAAUCCAGAGGCCGAGGAGCAGGUUUACUUCGAUGCUAUUCUCGAGAUGGUAGAAUGGCUCGGCUUCAAGCCCUACAAGAUUACUUACUCGUCCGACAACUUCCAGAAGCUUUACGACCUCGCCGAGAAGCUAAUAAGUCUUGAAAAAGCCUAUGUCUGCCAGUGUAAUGAUACCGAGAUUAAACUCCAACGUGGCGGCGAAAAGGGAACUGCUGGUCCGCGUUACCGUUGCGAGCAUGCCGAGCAACCCGUCGAGGAGAAUCUAAAGAAGUUUAGAGACAUGAGAGACGGACAGUACAAGCCUCAGGAGGCCUUCCUUAGGAUGAAGCAAGACGGCAACCCGCAAAUGUGGGACCUAGCAGCUUACCGAGUCCUUGAUAAACCGCAUUAUCGCACAGGAAAUGCCUGGAAGAUCUACCCAACUUACGACUUUACACACUGUCUGUGCGAUUCAUUUGAAGGCAUCACCCAUUCUCUAUGCACGACAGAAUUUGUCCAAAGCCGAGUCAGCUACGAAUGGCUAAAUAAGACUCUUGGAGUAUACGAACCGAUGCAAAGAGAAUACGGCAGACUGUCGAUUUCUGGUACGAUCCUCUCGAAGCGCAAAAUCCUAAAGCUCGUAGCAGAGAAGAUUGUACGAGGGUGGAAUGAUCCCCGUCUCUAUACGUUAAUUGGUAUCAAGCGUAGAGGCGUUCCACCUGGUGCUAUUCUAGAAUUUGUCAAUGAGCUUGGCGUGACAACUGCAAACUCCAUCAUCGAAAUCAAGCGUUUCGACCAAGCUAUCAGGAAGUACCUUGAAAGAACGGUGCCGCGGUUGAUGCUUAUUUUAGAUCCCAUCCCUGUAGUCAUCGAAGAUGCCGACCAUCUCGACGGGAAGGGUCUUGCGUUUCCAUUCAGUCCGAAAGACCCUAAGAUGGGCUCCCACGAUGUCACAUUUAGCAAAACUAUUUACAUCGACCGCUCAGAUUUCAGAGAGGACGCCGAUCCAUCAUUCUUCCGCCUUGCUCCCGGAAAGACUGUCGGGCUUCUUCAAGUGCCGCAUCCGAUAAAGGCAGUGUCGUUCACCAAAGACGACGCAACGGGAAAAGUUAACGAGAUUCGGGCAGUAUUUGACAAGGAGACGAAGAAGCCAAAGGCGUAUAUCCAAUGGGUUCCAACCGAGGCGGCUGGUACUCGAAAAGCGGAAGUCAGAAUCUACAACUCGCUGUUCAAGUCCGACAACCCCAAUGAGGCACCAGGGGGAUUCUUAAACGAUAUCAACCCGGAUAGCGAGGUAAUCUACCCCAACGCGUUAGUCGAGUCUGGGUUCGAUGAAGUUAGGAGGAGGGCGCCAUGGCCAGAAGCAGCAGGUGAAAGCGAGCUUGGCAAGGGAGGACCCGAGAGCGUCCGUUUCCAAGCGAUGCGCAUCGCAUACUUCGCGAUGGAUUCUGACUCGACCGACGACCGUAUCAUUCUCAAUAGAAUUGUGGCACUAAAGGAGGACGCGGGAAAGAGUUGAAGUGUCCAAUGAUAACUGACUCUUGAUACUGGGGUGGUGAUAUUGGGGAGAUUGACAGUGCCGUAUCUGGCUUACACGAGGGGGUAUAAGUUCGUCAUAUAGGCCAGCCGUAAGUAGGAUGAAUACUUAGUCCACUUCCAAUCUGUUACGCAGGCCUAGUUUCUAUAUUAGGUACCUUUACUCGUCGAUAGCGUAGACCAAGAGAAAUUUGUGCAUUUGCUGCUCCUUAAGCAGCUAUGAUAUCCAUAACCUUUUUAUUUGGAGCUAAUAAAUAAAUUCCUGAUAUCUUCGGC